AUCUUACAAGAUGGCGGUGUUAACAUUCGAUACGUAAUAUUUUGAACCAUUAUUUAUCGUUAAAGAAAGGAAAUAGAUAUGACCAUCUAUAAUAUCUACAUAUUUGAUCGAAACGGAACUUGCCUUUAUUACGAAUCCUGGAACAGAAAGAAGGAAAGCAACAUGUCCAAGGAAGAGGAAUUCAAGCUAAUGUAUGGUAUGUUGUACUCUAUCAAGUCAUUUGUGGCACGAAUGUCACCAUCUGAGUCAAAAGAUGGCUUUCUAAAUUACCGGACAAGUAAAUACAAGUUACAUUUCUAUGAAACACCAACAGGUCUUAAGUUCAUCUUGAACACAGACUUAAAUGCUGGAAGCAUCAAAGAUGUCCUCUUCAAUAUAUACAGCAAGAUUUAUGUUGAGUAUGUGGUAAAAAAUCCUCUUUGUCAACUUAACGAACCCAUCCAAAGCGAGUUGUUUACCUCCAAGUUGGACUCAUAUAUAAGGAGUUUGACUAUCUUUAAUUGAUAUGAAUGUGUAAUCCAAAAUUAAAAAAAUUGAUUUGAAUUUUAUUGUUCAUUUUCCUUUCUGACAAAGAACUGUUUAACAUAGAGAAGACAUGGAGAACUUUCCUGGUAGAAAACUUGCUCCCAGGACAGGCCAAAACAUUUGUGCUGUUAUUUUGUUAUGAUCAAUGACUUCAAAAAGAAAAACUAAAGCAAACCAUAAAGUUAUAUUACUUCUGGUGUGAUUUCCCUCUUUUGACAGAUUACUCUAAAAUAUUUUUGGGGCUCAUAGUUUUAUGAGUUUUAGCAGAGGCAAUAAGCAAUUUAUUUUUUUCAUUAGUUCCUAUUCAUUAUUACUUUAUUAAUC